UAAGUGCGAUCAUUGAUAAUCACGAAAAUUUUUCUCAGUGCGACCGUCUUUAAUAUUAUUUUGUUAAUUGGUGGUCAAGGAUCGAGCUUUCUGCAUUAUGAGAUAUGAAAGUUACAGCAUCGCCGAGACUAAAAUGCGUAAUAAUUUUUUCAGCAAAUUUUUAUAUGCUUGCAGUCAUUAAAAUGCAGAUCAAGUGUCCAGCAGGUUCAACAUGAUCAAUACCGGAAAGUUAUGCAGAUUUGUAAGACAAGAUCUAAAACUGAUAACAAUCACAGCAAUAAUGAUUCAUCCAGUGAAAGUGACGAUAGCGAUGACUCUUUCGUAGAUGUGUUUGGCACAAAGUUCUUUAUUACAAAUGUCGGCAACAAGUUCUCCAACAUGCAGUCUUGGAAAGAGCCUAAUAAUGAGAAUCGUUAUUCAAACGGAAACCGAAGAAACAGCAAUAAUCGCGAUUUCAGCUAUUCCAAUGGAGGUAGAUCGAACUAUGACCAUAUGUAUGAUGACUUUGAGAAUCAUAGCAAACAACAAGAACAAUGCAUUAUCCAGUGUUUCUUCAAUGAAUUAAACAUGGUGGAUCAAAGGGGAUUCCCUGAGCAAGUCUCGAUCAUUCAGUUUAUGACACGUAACGUACACAAUCCAGAACUACACGAUUUGAUAGAGGAAGCUGUCAUAGAAUGUUUUCAUUAUUUGGAUUCGGAUGUGAGGCAGAACACGUGUUAUUUCUCAGAAAAUCUCCUGACUUGUUUAAUUGAUAAAGGAAAAGAAAGAUGUGAAGAUUGGGAUGAUUGAUAACAUUGUACAGAGAUAUCUUACAUCUAUAUAAUAAUCGAC